AUGGCUUUUAAGAAAGCUGAUGAUGUUGGUCAAAGUAUAGAAACAUAUGACGAAGAGCUGGAACAGAGUGUGAGGGAAUCAGGUACAAAGAAACCUAUAACAAGCGAUGAUGCACACAUGUAUCUAGAAGAAGUAAAGGAUGCGUUUAAAGAUGAGAAGUACAAGUACAGUGAAUUUCUAAGGACCAUGAAAGAUUUCAAUCUCAAAAGAAUCGAUGUUACGGAUGUGGUGGCAAGAGUGGAGAUAUUGUUUAAGGGGCAUGAAGAAUUAUUAUUGAAAUUUAAUGACUUCUUGCCAGAUGCAUUUGAAAUCAAAUCUUCACCAAAGAAGCCAAGUAUAUCGGUAGUGAAUAAAGAAGAUGCUAACAAAUAUUUGGAAAAAGUGAAGAAUCGCUUUCAACAUCAACUUGAUGUAUACGAUUCAUUUCUAGACAUCAUGAUUAUGUACAAAAACAAAGAUAAAAGCCUUGAAGAGAUAUAUGACAUGGUCAUUUCACUUUUUGAAGACCAUCAUGAUCUCGUUGAUGGAUUUACUAUUUUUCUUCCAUAA